AUGGGUAUUUGGAAGUGGGAUGCCGAGGACGGUGAGUGCCCUAGUUACUUGGACGAAGCGAUCCUGACGCCGCUUGAAAUAUCACAAGUGGUUGUCUGGGACGAGACACACAAGGAUGCACAGAUUGGCGAUUAUGGAGCGGGAGGUCGGAAGACCCAAGUCCGUUUUCCAUGCGACGAGGACGGAAUGUGUGACCCCGACGGGACCAUUGGACCUGAAAAGUCGUACUUGAACACGAAGUUCAAUCAACAGGCGAGGUUCUCAUUUGGGUGUGCCAUCGUCGAGUUGCACAAUGGAGCCACAAUGGGCUGUCGAUGUACUCCAUUUGUGUACAGCGAUCAAUGGAUUAAACCAUUUAAGAAAUGGAGAGCAUCAUCAAUCAAGAAAUCCGCCGAGUCCAAGGGCUGCCUGGACUAUCGCCACCAUGGGUGA